AUGGAGGAACCCAGAUUUUAAAAAAAUCUCACAAAAGAAUAACCAUAUUUUGCAAGAAAAUUAUUUCAGAUAUAAAUGUCAAAUUACUUUUAUGCUCGUAAGGAGUUAUUGCCGUAGUAAUAUCUCCAUGAAACAUUCUUUUUAGUUGUAUCAAAUGCUGCAUUAUUAAGUUGGUACUUUAGUAAAUAAAUCUCAAAAGUCAUUUUGGCAACUUGCUAUGCUUCCUUUACUGUGAUGGCAUAUGGGUAACAUGUUGAAUUCAAUAAAUCCUUAAAAUAUGAUUUACCUCAAUCUAUUUUUACAAGAUUACAAUACAGAGAAAAAUUCGAUGAAAAGUAAUUCGACUACUUGAAUUAAAAUUUUGUCAAAAGAUUUUAAUUGUCGAAAUAAUGA